AUGUUAUGUCCGGAAAUAACCAACUUUAAGCCUCCGAAAACAACAUGGUCCUUUCAAAAAAAUGUAUGUCUAGAGCGAACAUUGGAUAGAGUUAACCUCAACAAUUUUUAUAGAAGUGCAAUCGUAACUUGUCCCGAUGAAUUGUAUGUUCCGAAUCACAUUAAGGAAGCGCUGCUGGAGGACAGUGACUAUUACAAAAUUAUUAAUUGUUCUGUAAUAGAGUUUAUCGAUCCCUUAUUUAUUGACACUUUUAUUAGGAGAGGAAAGUUAUAUUGCUUGUCAAUACAAACAAAUUGUAUUAGUGGGACUGCUGUUGCUCUGACUCCCGAUGGUAUUCUUACUUUGCACGUCUUUCGCUCUAAGUAUCAAACAUUAGGUGUGGAAGGAACAAAGCGACCACACGAUUUCUAUGAAAUCAGAUUGGACCUUCACAAUCUCAAACAAAACGAAAAAAUUAAAAGUGUAGUGACUAAAUUUGGUAAAAAAGAUUUCUAUAUAUCUUGGAAUCCUUUCAAUGACAGUAUUUGUCCUUCAACUUUAGCAAAACACUUUUUUGACAAAGGUUAUACAGUCACUCAGCAUUCGCUUGAUAUAUCUAUAUUAUCAUCAGACAUCAGUGAAAUUCCAUCUCUUGAAGAUGAUAUUGAUGAAGUAGUGGAAUGGAUGGGCAUGUUAGCCCAUGGAGCUAAUUUAGCAACAGAGGAAAAUUACAUUAGCACUUACUCUGUGCCUGAGACUUUGACACCACUAAAGUCAAAGAGAAUAUCAAUAAUGAACAUAAAAGGAUUCUUAACUCCGAAUGUUAUUGGCAACAUAUGUAAGUGUAUGUCACAACAUACUUCCUCAAGGGAUUUGGAGCAUUACUGGACAGCAUUGAGUGUACAAACAAUUGAAGAGAGUUUAUAUCAGUGGCAUCCGAGCAGCCCAAGGAUGUUUCAGUCACACAAUUCAUCUUGUAAUAUAUUUUUCACUCAAAUGAAUCAACUUAUCUACUCUGUAAGCCAAUUAAAAUACUCAUGA